ACAUCUGGUUUCUUUGGCUUUGCUCCAAAACUGAAUACUGCAAAAAUCCGAGGGGGAGAGUGUAUGGAGGCAAGUGGGGGGAAAGAAAAGUGAGAGGAAAAAUAUUAUAAAAGCAACACGAAGAGAGAGGCAGAGGCGCAAGCAGGUCACAGUAUGGCGUUGUUUCCGUUCUACAAGACGCCCACAGGACUGGUCAGAGUGACCAGAAUACAACUGGUCCUGUACUGUUUUCUGCUGUCUCUUAUCAUAUACUUCCUCCAUGGACGUAAAGCAGCUGCCAGUGUAAAGUCACCUAAUCCAAUCUUUCAUGCCUUGGGAAUGGAUAGGGGAAGAGUAAUGACGGACAUGACGGUUGCCAAGGCAGCAGUACCACAAACUCCUUUGGAGACGCCAUGGGGUGCCCCUUUAGUGUGGGGAGACACCCGCAACUCAGCCUCGCGCAGAGCUAAAUUCGCACAACGUGGAAUCCGCACAGGUCUCGUGGCCCUGGCGGUGGGAACCUACAGCCACUUUGUCCGACGUUUCCUCUCUUCAGCUGAAACCUACUUCCUCCCCGGUCAGAUGGUCACCUACUUCAUUCUCACGGACAGUCCCCACUCCCUGGAUCCCCCCAUCCAGUUGGGGCUUGAACGAGAGCUGAGAGUGGUUCCUGUUGCAGAACUGCCUGGGUGGGACAGACUGGCUCAUCGUCGCAUGGCCCUGCUCGCUGACGCCUUAAGAGACCAGAUCAGCAGCGAGGUCGAAUACAUUUUCUGUGCUGACAUUGACCAGGAGUUUGUGGCCCCCGUGGGAGAGGAAAUCUUCGGAGACCUGGUGGCCACAUUGCACCCAGAGCUCUAUGGGAUGCCCCGAAAUACAUUUCCUUACGAAAUUGAGGAGGACUCCUCUGCUUGCGUGGAUGACGACGAAGGUGACUACUACUACACCUCCGAGUUGUAUGGUGGGUUGGUGUCUGAGAUGUACACGCUGGCUCGCGCCUGUUCCUUGCUCAUUCUGCGGGACCAGGCCAAUGGGAUGAUGGCGAGGGGCCUUGAGGAGAGCUACCUGAACCGCUACCUGAUCGACCACAGGCCGACCUGUGUGCUGUCACCAGAGUACAGCUGGUGGGACUCAGCUCUGGCUGCCGACGUGCCCGUUCAGAGGCUAGUCUCCCUGGGAAGGCAAUGUGAUUCGUAUGAUAAGCAGACGAGGGAGGAGCGCAAAUGCUGAAUAAAUGUAAAAGUCAGGAAAGGCGGGUUGUGCUGGCUCAAUCCACCCUAAAGUAUCUACGUGAAGGACUGUUUUUAGUGUUACAUUUGCUGUGGAGAGGCUCCCUGUUCAAGGACAGGAGAUGGAGGGAAAUGAUGAAGAGAAAGCACAUACCCCAAUCAUCUUUAUUCAAUUAAUAAUUCUGAAUGUCAACUUAAUGUUCUGUUCUAUUAGCCGAUAAAUGCAGCCUGCGAUCAAACUGCACAAAACGAGACGCUCAAUUAAAAAGCCAUGUGGAGUGAAGAGCACCUCGGUGUGGCUGCUCUAUCUCCCACUGCAGGCGGAAAAAAACUAAAUUGACCUGUCUCUUUAAAACGAAGCACCGUCCUCUCCAUUAAUGUCAGCCCAGGAGAUACUGCUCCAGCGGCUUUGUGGUCCACAGCGAUAAGAGUCGACAGUGCGAGUGCACACUUUCCCCACAGUGGCCAAUCAUUAACUGGAAGGUCUGCUGUUUCAAGGUCUUUAAAUGCCAGGUGGGGACAAAAUGGAUACAACGAGAUGCUGUUGCUUCGGGUUACAUGAGCAGGAGGGGUUUAAGCGAAAAGCCUUUGAAACUGGUGAAACUGGUUCAGGAUGAGCUGAAGUAAUUUUCCAUUAAAAAAAACUGUUUUUUUCCCCCAUUUAUGAGUUGGAGUAAAGGUGAACUCAAAUGA